GCGUCUGAUAAAAACGGUGUAGACUGGUGUGCUUGUGCACGGUGUCUUGAACACAGAACAGCACAUUUCCCGUUAUCUCUGAUUGCAUCUCUAGACUCUACGUUAUCGAAGCGUGUCUAGUACUGUCUAGGUACAUUCUCAGUGACGAGACAUAAUGUCUGACAAUAUUGUGAAACUGAAAGCACUAGGAAUUGGAGAGGCAGAGUCAGCAUGGAUGAGAGAAAGCUUUUAUUCGGAUCCCAAGAACAGGUUGGCACAGAAUGCCUGUGUAAAACAAGACUUCCUAGAGGUGUGCUUGGACCGCACCGUGACAGAGAAAAUGACCCAUAGAUUUAACACAAAGAUAGACCCAGAAGGGAAGCCGAUGACCAACCAAAAGAACAGCGGCCGUUGCUGGAUCUUUGCUUUGCUCAACAUCAUCCGCACACCGUUCAUGAAAAAGUUUAACUUAGAGGAAUUUGAAUUUAGCCAGUCAUAUUUGUUCUUUUGUGACAAGAUCGAAAGAGCUAAUUACUACCUGGACGCAUGGGUGGAGAUGGCAAAGAAAGGAGAGGCGGUCGACGGGCGACUGAUGCACCACCUACUACAGAACCCAAGUGAUGAUGGCGGCCAGUGGGACAUGCUCGUAAAUCUCGUGAACAAAUACGGUCUGAUGCCACGGCAGUGCUUCCCCGAAACGUUUGCCUGCCAGCAGACGUUCAAGAUGAAACGCAUCGUGAACAACCUGCUUCGCAAGGACUGCUACAUUCUUCGGAAAAUGGUGCAAGACGGGAAGACUGAUGAAGAGAUUCACACAAAGAAGUCAGCUAUGUUGGCCAAGAUUUACACAGUGUGUGGUAUAUGCAUUGGAGUGCCACCAGAGAACGUGGUGUGGGAAUACUAUGACAAGGAUAAGCAAUAUCACGCCAUUGGUCCAAUAACUCCGCUAGAAUUCUACAGGCAACACGUGCAGGAUAUCUACAAUAUCGAUGACAAGGUGUGUAUCGUUAAUGAUCCACGUCCGACCAACCCGUAUAACAAGAUGUACACAGUUGACUACUUGAACAACAUGGCUGGCAGCAACAUCGUGCUCUACAACAACCAGCCAAUUGAAGUUCUGCGAAAACUUGCCAUGGAGUCUAUCAAAAGCAAUGAGGCCGUAUGGUUUGGAUGUGAUGUAGGCAAGCACUUCUGCCGCAGCUCUGGCCUUCUCGAUACAAAUGCUCAUGACUUCAAGUUGCUGUUUGGUGCUGAUCCACUACUGCUUAGUAAAGCCGACCGGCUCAUCUAUGGCGAGAUGUUCAUGACUCAUGCAAUGACCUUCACUGGCGUUAAUUUGGAGGGAGAAAAGACACUGAAGUGGAGAGUAGAAAAUUCCUGGGGAGAUGACAUUGGAGAUAAAGGCUACCUCAUCAUGUCCGAUGACUGGUUCUCCGACUUUGUACUAGAGGUCGUCGUUGAUAAGAAGUUUGUUCCUACGGAGAUACUAGAGGUGAACAAAGAGAAACCUGUGGUGUUACCGGCGUGGGACCCCAUGGGCUCGCUCGCUCAGUAGCAGCAUGCAUGCAGCUUGCCUCGAUUGGACACAGCCGAGGAGGCAGCCUUAUGAAAUGAUGUGCUCGAAUGCUCAUCUCACGGUUCCGUUUCCAUACAAAGAUUUUGCGGCUUUUGUGGGCACCACGUACGUUGUGAAUCGUAUCACGCUUAAUCAUAAUUGCAGCUGAAGGCUCGAUCAAACCUAACUGACCUGAGAUCCUUGUAAAAACCUAAAUCUAUGACAGUAAUGUAAGUGUCUUUCGUUUAAUAAAUGUUCUCUGAUCCAUGUAACCUGAAUGAAAUGAAAAUUAAUUUAUGUCCGACAGUAUGGGUGCUUGAGUUCUUUAUCUGAUAUGCUUGUUUGAUAAUAAAGUGGUUCGCAUCGGCUAAUAAUGCAACACAAGUUA